AUGAAAUUGCUUAUUCAUCUAAUGCUAGGUAAUUAGUAUCAGUUGGAAAAGAUAAAUAAGUAAUAUAUUGGGACAUCUUUUAUUGCUAAAUCCUAAAUAACCAUUAACAUCAUUAAAGUCAUAUUUUGUCAGUUGCUAUAACAAAAUAGUACAUAGCAUCAGGUGAUUGCUAUGGUCAAGUUAUAAUAAAAAAAUAUAAAGGCUAGUUCUGGAAAAAUAAAUUCCUUGUCAUUUUGUAUGGAUCUAGAGAACAACAUUCUGUAUCUUGCAUAAGGUAAUUCUGAUAAAUAGAUCAAAUUAUUCCAAUAGCAACAUUAAUUAACUUUCUCAGAAAAUCAUACAUUUAGUGGUCAUAUUGAUGGAUUAAGAUGUGUCACAUUUUCUUAAGAUAAAAAUAUUUAGCAAGCUGCAGUAAUGAUAAAUCCAUCAGAUUUUGGAGUUCUCUACAAACACAGAGAUUAACUCAUUAAAAUAAGAUUUACAAGAAAUAAUUCACUAUGGUCAUGUACUAGAGAUAACACUCUAUAAUUAUGGGAUAUAGAACAAAAAAUACCAAUUUUUAAAUUGGAUACGCAAAACAAUUGUGAUUUAAAAUCUUUUGCACUUGGCCAUGAUGAAUAAUAUUUAUUAUCAUUAAGUGAAUAUGAUUCAAUUUAAUAAUGGGAGCUUAAUGGUUUUUAUUACAAAGAAGAACAAACCAGAUAAUAAUAAGUUAUAAAAGAAAUUGCCUUAUCUCCUGAUGGAAAAUUUAUUGCUUAUUCAGGGGACAAUAAUUUUAUUUCCUUGUGUGAUUUUAAGACCAAAUAGCCAUUUAAUCAUUUAUAAAUACAGGGAGUUGUUGAUUAGAUGAUGUUUUAAAGAAUGCAAUAUUUAGUGAUUGUUGUGAAAACUGAUAAGAAAGAGAAAAAUGAAAGUAAAGAGUAAAUCAUUAGAUGGGAUAUUCUGACAAAUGAAAAUAAGUUUUUGGGAGAAGGAUCGAAACUUGCGAUAUCUAAAACAUUAAAUAUUAUUCCUUCAAAUUCACGGAUAACUACUUAUGAAAUAUAGUAAUUAUGUUUUUCCUCAAAAAGAAAUAUCUUGGCUACAAUCAGUAAUAGGUAAAUGUAUAUAUGGGAUUAUGUAAAAGGAGAAUAGAAAUAGACAAUUUCGCUCGCUGGCCUUAUCAAAUUCUGUUCAUUUACAAGAAAUGGGGAAUUGUUUGCAUACAGCAGUGGAGACUCAACAAUUUAGUUUAGCUCAACUGAAAAAUUUGGAUAAUCUGGUAAUCUAGAGCUAUAACAGGACAAAACAUACGAAAUUAAGGAUAAAAAUCUAAGACUGAUUCUAACUUCUAAUUAGUAUUUAAUUUUUCUAUUUAAUGACCAAAUAGCAGUACUUAAGCCAGAUGUAAUUGAUAUGUUAGGAUUCUUAAAAUUGCAAUUUCAUUGA